GGGAGGCUGAGGCGGCGCGCGGCGGGAAACGGCGGCGCGCGAGCCGGGUUGUCCCGAGGCUCGGGAGCGGCCCCGAACGGCCCCGGAGCGGGAACGGGAGCCGGAGCCGGCCCUGGGAGCGGGACCGGUGCCCCAGACCCGAAUCCUUCCUCUGUGCAGCCACGCCGAGCCGGGCGCUUCUGCGCGUCCUGAGCGAGGUGCAGCCUCUGGAGAAGUUGCUGUGCGCGCUGAGUGCUGUUCGGUGCCGGUUUACGAGUGUGUUGCUACAGCUUUCCGAUGGGUGUAAAAACAGCUGUCAAAAGGUACGAAACAAGAAAUAAGAAAGAAGUGGCAUCACCCAGAUCGCGAGUGGAUUGGAGACGCACUAGAAGGGCGCUCAUUCUGCCGGACAGCAAUGACGAAUCCUCAGCCGCCUCUGAGGAGGAGGAGGAGUCUGCCUCAUCCGAAAGCGAAAUCGAUGAGAAAGAUCCGGCGGCUGUGGAGCGCAGCCCUUCGGAUCGGCAGGAGAAAGACCCCAGCGGGGAGGUAGCAGAAGAUGGUGACGAUGAGUGCGUUGUGCCUGGGAAGCGCAAGAGGCUGAGCGCCUCUGUCAUGUACGACAGCGAUGGAAGCGAGGGCAGUGACAUACUUGUUAGAAAGGUUUCUUCCAAACGCCGCUGUAUAAUGGAUGACGAUGAGAGCUGCGAGCAGCAGCCUGAUAAAACAUGCCCUACAGAGAAUGCUUCUGCUAGCAGGAAACAGAAAGUGCUCGCAAAAUUGAAGGAGCUUGUAAGACAAAGCACAGCGCGGAGGUCCUGCAGCAGUGCAAGUUGUGAGGAUUCUAAUGGUGAAGCAAUAGAAGAGGAACCAUUCUGUCAGUUGCCCCUCACACCAUCAGAAGGCAGUGAAACUGAUGGUGACAGCAUGAAAGAUUUUAUAGUAGAGGAAGAGGAAAACGAUGAUGGUGAUGACAUUGACAACACAGAGCAUGUGAAGAAUGAAAAUCAGCCACAUCAAAAGCAACCAAAUCCAUCAAACAGCGAGCUGCUGGCACACUACAUCCCACAGUUAUCUCGCUGUGAUCAUUAUGUACACUUCAAAAGAAUAGUAAAGGCUUUCCUCAUAAAUGCAAUUGAUGACACUUUUCUGAGCUCAUUAUAUGAUGGAACAAGACAGAAGAAGUAUGCACAGGAGAUGCUGCUCUCACUGCAUUAUUUGGAUGACCGCUUCAUUCAGCCUCGCCUGGAGAACUUGAUCUGUAGAAGUCGCUGGAAGGAUCGAUACAAGGAGCGUGUGGAUUGUUACCCAGAUGUUCGCAUAAGCUUGCAAAAUGCACAGAAUAUGUCUUGUCAGGCCUGUGAGCUGAAGCGGUGGUGCAAGUUCAGUGUACUGCUCUCUGGAAGGCUUUAUAAUAGUAAAACUUUGGAAGUGGAUGACUUCAUGUCAGGUGAUAAACAGGUUUUGAAGGUUGGUACGGUGUGUGCAAAUCGUACAAGAGUUUAUCACAACUUGAAACACUUCAAGUACAAGUUAUACAUGGAUUGCAGCUCCAUUGUGGAAUUGGAUGGUGUUGAGGAUGAACCAGUCAAAGACACUGUGGAGCGGCUUUUCAGCCACUUGGAAGAGACUGAGUGGAUUCAGAAGAGAUACAAUGAUCUUGAAGAUUACCUGGAAGAUGCAGACAAUUUCCAAGAAGAGAAAAUUGAUUAAGAGGUCAUAUAGCUCUUUGAAAGACAUCUUUAAAAAUGUGAAUGGCCUACUUCAUCUGCAUGCACUUUAUCUCUGCCUGGACUUCAAGAUUUCUAUGUAGGCUGUUACACAGAAAUUCAUAUGCCUUUAAAUUACUGUUUGAUAAUGUGCUGUAUCUUUUUUUCUCAUCUGUGUCAAUACAAAUCCAAAGUUUUACCAAA